UCUCUUCGGCGCUGUCUAUCUCCUCAAUGUAGUGGGCUACUAUUCUCGGAGAGAGAGAGAGAGAGAGAGAGAGAGAAAAAAAGAGAGAAAAUAAUAACCUCCAAGAAUUGGUUAUUCCUGUCUUUCACCUUCCACGACCAGCGGCCGGGAGGGGAGCGGCCUUCGCGGUGGGAAUGUGCUGCUACAACAACCCCGCGUCCUAUUUUUUUGUCAAUGUAAAUGCACAUGCAGUCUCAAGCCUGUAGCCUAUUUACCCACCUCGGAUUCGAGAGGGACAUUGAUAUAGCUGUUUGUAUGACAGAGUGUCGCCUCUGUGUGUACACACACAUGUAGGCCGUAUGUGGGCUUUAUAACGCGAGCCUGACAGCAGGGGUUGCCUUUUCACCUGCGAGAAACGUGGAUACGUUUCGAGGGAUUUUUUUUCGCAUCUUGGUCACGUUUCCGUUUCUCUUCUCUUCUCCUUUUUUUUUCCUUUUUUUUUUUUUAAAUGAUUUUUCCUUGAAGGGAUUCAUUGGAGCCGAGCCGGGAGUUUAGAGAAAAAAAAGUAUCGGUGCGCAGUUUUGGAGGCUCGGUGGUGAUGUGAGGGGCUGAUAACACAUUUCAGCUACAAAAGCGAGGGGCAGGGAGAGAGAGACGGAGAGAGAGAAGGCCCUUUGGAGGAGAAACACAGCCGUCACAAAUAAGGAGGACAAAUCGUGGGGGUAUUGGAUCGUUUCGGACUUGGAGGUGGUGGGGCAUCCGGCCGAAAAGACAACCGCAACAGCCGUCGGGGACACGGAGAAAUAGAAAGAGAGAAUAAGUGCACGCCUUUUGGAAACCUUUUAUCAUGAACGAAGACGCGGAAACGAGCCGCGCCGCAGCACGGGAGAGGUUUUCGGCCAAGCCGAGUUCGGCUCCUUGUCACGGGCGGCAGUGAGACGCAAGACCCGGGCUUUACGGAGAUGCAAAUUAGGCGGUUUGUUCUGCCUCCGUUUGAGGUGAAAGCCCGAUUUUUCGUGUGUUAACACACGUUGAGGAUUACAAUUAACGUGACACAGUUGACGAGGGGGCAGAGAGUGGUGGGGGGAACAAAACACACACACAGAAACCUACAGUGCACGUGAAGGAGGAACAGCUCGAGCAGGAUUCAGCUAACUGAGAAGGCGGCCUCGGUGUCGUCAGCCACAGUAUCCUGCCCUUUCUCUGACAGCAGAAUACGAGUUAUGGACACAUAAUUUCUCCAGUGCAGCACCGCGGACGGGUUCUGGAGCAGGCCGGGGACGUUAAACGGUCUACAUGUGGGUGGCAUUGCUACCAAAAUCCGCAUGUCAAACGAGGGAACUAGACUAGUUUAGUUUAUUUAUUUUUCUUUCUACAUAAACCCCCUCCACCUCCACUUCUUCUUCCACCUCCACCUCCUCCCCUGGAACCCCUUUUUUUUUUCCUUGCGGGAAGAUGGGUUGUUUGGGCAACAGUAAGACUGAAGACCAGAGAAAUGAGGAGAAGGCACAAAGAGAAGCAAACAAAAAGAUAGAAAAGCAGCUCCAGAAAGACAAACAGAUAUACAGAGCGACACACAGACUACUACUUUUAGGAGCUGGAGAGUCAGGAAAGAGCACCAUAGUGAAACAGAUGAGAAUCCUUCAUGUCAACGGCUUCAAUGCAGAAGAGAAGAAGCAGAAAAUUCAAGACAUCAAGAAUAAUAUUAAAGAGGCUAUUGAGACCAUAGUAACAGCUAUGAGCACCCUGGCACCACCAGUGCAGUUGGCGUGCCCACAGAGCCAGUACCGGAUCGAAUACGUGCUCAACCUCGUCAACCAGAAGGACUUUGAGUUUCCCUCCGAGUUUUACGAGCAUGCGAAGACACUGUGGCAGGACGAGGGGGUCAGGGCGUGCUUCGAGAGAUCCAACGAGUACCAGCUAAUCGACUGUGCACAAUACUUCCUAGAUAAGAUUGACAUUGUGAAACAGAGUGACUACACUCCAACAGAUCAGGAUUUGUUGCGGUGCAGAGUUCUGACUUCAGGCAUCUUUGAGACGAGAUUCCAAGUGGACAAAGUUAAUUUCCAUAUGUUUGACGUUGGCGGUCAAAGAGACGAACGCAGGAAAUGGAUUCAGUGCUUUAACGAUGUGACGGCCAUCAUCUUCGUGGUGGCCAGCAGCAGUUACAACAUGGUGAUCAGAGAGGACAAUCAGACCAACCGUUUACAGGAAGCCCUCAACCUCUUCAAGAACAUCUGGAACAACAGGUGGCUGCGGACCAUUUCUGUCAUCUUGUUCCUAAAUAAACAGGACCUGUUGGCAGAGAAGGUGCUGGCAGGGAAGUCCAAAAUCGAGGAAUACUUUCCUGAAUUUGCUCGCUACACCACACCUGACGAUGCGACCCCAGAGCCUGGAGAAGAUCCACGUGUUACAAGGGCAAAGUACUUCAUAAGAGAUGAAUUCCUGAGGAUCAGCACAGCGAGCGGGGACGGGAGGCACUACUGUUACCCCCACUUCACCUGCGCCGUCGACACGGAAAACAUCCGCCGUGUCUUCAACGACUGUCGAGACAUCAUUCAACGGAUGCACCUGCGACAGUACGAGCUGUUGUGAUGGAAGAAAAAGAGAAGAAGAAAGGUGUUCGGCCAAAAACACAUGAACUGGACUAUGAAAAACCCUGAGUUUCUGAACUCCCCUCUUCCACAGAAGUGUGUGAGCUCUUGUGAAGGAACAGGGGGCCAAAACAUAUAUAUAUAUAUACACACACACACACACACACGCACACACACACACCCUCAACUCAGAACUUUCCCUGACGCAAACUCCCUCUGCAGUAGACUGAGUUAGUUUGAUGGAAGGGUUUAAGGGGUUAACACAUGAAUGGACUCUGAUCUCCACCUUCAGCCAUACUCCCAGCUCCACAGCGCUCAACAUCUUAUAUCGUGCCCCCCCCCCCCCCCCACACACACACACACACACACACCUUCCCCUCACCUUUCUAGACACGGAGAUCGGCCCAUUCCGGACCGUAUGUACUGCAGUGCGGAAGGUUUGAGAACGUGAGUUCCCACUUGAGGUCGGAAUGAAAACGGAGCGAGCUACUACUUCAGUGCAACUCGGAAAAUGGAUAAUUGUUGCAUUAUUGCGAAUAGAGAACAAACAUCGUAACAGAUUAGCUGAAUGCUGUAUCUAAGAAAAAAAACUAAAAAGCACUGUGCUCAGAACUUUACUCAAACCGUGACCACCAAUCCUUCCUAUCGCUUACGCACACACACAUAAUUUCAACCACAGGAUCUGCUCGCACACAGAAUCGUUUCACACCUGCUAUUAACUGGACAACCGGUUGGUUCCGGAUAUGUACUGAUCAGUGCUGGGUUUUUUCAGCACAGUGCUUUGAGAUUAAACGAACCGAGUGACUCCGCCACUGAGCCCCGAGGAGCAGCGUUACCACAGACUAAACUGACAUGGGGUGUGUUGGGAUCAUUUGGGUCAUGGAGGGGCGGGUGGGACAGGACAGAGCCAACUGUGAUGUGAAUCCCUGAUGGAGUCUAGACACUUUAGACCGAGACGACGAUGGCAGUCCCUCGACUUCUCCACACACCUGUUUUGCCGCCUGACUGUCUUGUUGGUAGUGGAGCAAAGCGUGAGGAGGAAACAUUGAGUUUAAAACGAAAAGAAACGACAACAGAAUUACUAACUUUUAUGGAGCUUUAACUGACGGAGGGCAGAAAGCCUCCUUCUACAGUACAGUACCAUAUAAGUUAAAGAGAGCUCUCAUCUUGACAUGAUUGACCCUGUUUCACUGUCUCCACAGCUGUUUUUGUCUGUGUAGACAUUGUGCGCUCUCUUUCUUUAUCUUCACUCUCUCCUUUUUUUUCCUCCUUUUUUCUCCUCCACUACCCCUCCUCCUUCCCAUCUCUACUUCUACCUUCCUGGCAGUGCUCUUUUGAAGAGAAAACAAAAUAUAAUAAUCCUGAAAUCAAAGAAAAAAAAAAAAAUAUAUAUAUAUAUGUGUGUGUGUAUGUAU